CUCUGAGAGCUGUGAGGGCUGUGACCGCUCUAAGGGCUGUGACGGCUGUGAGGGCUGUGACCGCUCUAAGGGCUGUGACGGCUCUGAGGGCUGUGAGGGGCGGUGCCGCGGCGGAUGGGGCGGCGCGGGCUCCUAGCAACGCGCCAUGGCGGCGGGCGAGGAGCAGAGCCGCGAGUACCUGGAGCGGCACGGGCUGCCCGCUCUGCUGCAACGCCUCGCCGCGCUGCUGCUCUACCACCGGCCCGAGCGGCCGCGGCAGUUCUUGCUCCGGGCGCUGGAGGCGGAGCGCGCCGGGCGGCGUGGCGAGGCGGCCCUCCCGUGCCUGCUGGACGAGGCGGACCUGGAGGCCAUGUUCCGGAUGAUGGACGCCGCGGGGCGCGGCUUCGUCACGGCCACGCAGUGCAGAGCAGCUCUUAAAACGUUGGGACUGAGCCCAGCGGCGCUGCCCGUCGGGGAUGAGGAGGAGGUCACGCUGGCCACGUUCCAGGAGGAAGUGAAGAAAAUGUUGCUGGAAGGCUGGACUGUGUAGUAAUUUGAACAGCGGUCUGCCCUGUAUAUUAACAAUACGUGUUUUGCUCCAUCCGUUUACUGGUGUGUCAAGCUGAUUUCUUCCCCCACCCAUUUUAGCUAUCAGCUGAAAAGAACAAAUGACAAAAACAUGUUUAUGUUUACGAGGCACUAGAAAGGUAUUAAGAUAAUAAUACUGCCUGAUUAAUUAGAAAUCCCUUUUACAAAGCAAAAAUGCAGUGUUUUGUCAUUUCCUCCUUCAACUGUGGCAUUACAGUGCUAGUACAAAAAAAUAACAUCAGCUUCAGCAACUCUGACAAGUUCAUGUUUGAAGAAAGACAGCAUUGCUAAAUAACACAGCAUUGAUGCAGAUUUUAAACAAGCUCAAGAAUAAAGGAGGUCCCAUUCAAAAAAUAAUUACUUUUUGAAUUAGUAUUAAUAAAACAGUGAUAUAUUCCUUCAUUCCAUCCUGGGUCUUGCUGUGCACAUUUUAAUACAGAACACCCAUAACACCAGGGAUUUAGAAAUGAAAAACAUCUGUGCUUAGGUGAGAGCGUACCAGUUGUCCUUACUGUAUGCAGCUGCACUUGCAUACAUGCAUCAGCUCUGAAUUCAUUACACUGCUGUGAGAGCAUGCCAACUGGACGAGGCAGGCCAUCAGAAAACAAGUAACAUAUUCAUUAGUAACGAAGAGUCUGUGAGCUUCUAAGUGUAAGGACAAGGCAGAGAUGGAAAACAAAGUAAGAUCUGUGCAGUUAAAGACAGGUCUGCAGCAUCUUGACUAAUGUUUUUAAAACUGUAUAUAAUAAAAUGUAAGAUUAGAUCAAA